AUGGACUUCCUCGACCUCGACAUCGGCGGCGCCGCCGAGCUGCUGCCGCCGCCGCUGGCGCCGAUACAGCCGGCGCUCCUGCUCCCGCUCGGCAACCUCGAGCUGCUCUCGCGCCGGCUCCAGCUUGGGCGGUUCAUCAGCGACAUCGCCGUCGCCGCCAGCGACGAGGCGACGCCGGCGCUGCUGGCGCUGGCGCCGGCAGAGGCCGAUAGCAUCAGUGAGAAGUACGCUCAAUUGUCGCUCCAGUCGAUUAAGGCGAGGGAAACGGAGUCAAUUGAUGGUGGCGACCACGAAGCCACUACUAGCGCUACUAGCGCCGCCACCAGCGCCGGCGCCGCCGUCGAUACCGGCGCCCUUAGCGCGCGGCUAUCGCGGGUGUUGGCGCCGCUGAUCCCCGACACCUUAAUCCGAGAAGUGUUUGCCAAUCUCGAGCCCGAUACCAUCGCCCUGGCGACCAAGCUUAAAGGGGCGCUUGCUCGGCGCCGUUUCCGAGGUACGGUUGAAGCCGACGUCGUCAAGGCGCAGGCGCAGGUGCUCCGCGAGUACGCGCCGGUGGUGCGCCAAUUUCAGCGGCUCCACCAGCAGUUGGGCGCCCUCAACCACCUCCACCAGCAGACGCGGGCGCUCUUGCGGCGCCACGGCGCCGCCGACGACACCUUUUUCGGCGACGUCACCGCGCUCAGCCACACCAAAAAGAUGGUGGCGGUGAAGCGCAACCUUCUCGCCUCCUUCCGCCACCAAUUCACCCUAAACGACUACGAAGAGUUUGUCCUCUCCCAAGGGGAGGUUUCAGAUCCGGAAUUGUUUGUUGUCCUCGAGCGAGCGGAGCAUAUCGUCGACCGGUGUCUGAUUUUAUUAUCGAUGGAUAACCCUCAAUUAGGCCAACAGAUAAUGGCCAAAGUGGGCGGGAUAGUGGAUAAAGCUCAUCAGCGAGUGAUCACGCUGACUCAGCGCACCCUUGAAAACUACCAGUUUGCUCUGCCUGACCGAUUAGAGGCGUUACAACGGUGUUUAGCCUAUUUCCGGGAGAAGCCCCAUUUCUGGGAAUUGAUCAUGAAACAGUUCGUUGACCUGCGCCAGAAACUGGUGCUUGAAGACUUCCUCCGACAGGCUCAAGGGGCCGAUAAUAAUAACGACGCUAAUGAUACUAAUAACAAUAACGCCCGGCCGGUGUGGCUCAGCGCCCACGACCCGAUACGCUAUAUCGGCGAUUUGCUCGCCUAUGUCCAUGCCGUGGUGGUAAACGAGCAUGAGCUGGUGGUGACCAUAUUUGGUAAAGACGUCGAUUCUGACCCGCAAUUGGCGGCGGUGGUGGAGCGGAUAUUGGCCCUGCUUUGCCAACCACUCCGCCUGAAACUUAGUCAGCUUAUGCUGAGUCUGACACUGUUGGCCGUGGUCAACGGUAUCUUCCAGCUUGUCGAUUUAUACCAGAUGAUGCUUGCUAAAGUGAUGUCUAAGGAGCUGGCAGUAGUGACUACCGUAAGAGAAAUGGUGAAGCUUGCACAGCAUAAGUUAGUACUGAUCUUACGUAAUCGGCUUGCCACGAUUCGUGACUCAUCAGCGGCUAAAUUAGAGCUCAGUCUCGACUUACAACCACCGGAAUGGAUUGUCCAGUACUACUCCGAUUUGCUCCCCAUCGUCGACGCCCUGGCGACGCCUACCCUCUGGAACUUACCCAAAGCAGACCACGACGAAGUGCUCAGCCUCGUGGUCAACCAGCCCAUCGACAUCUGCUUUGCCCACGUUAGUGAGCUGAAAGCCGUCGAUACUAAGGCCGACGAACUCAUCCUUAAGGCCAAUUUCAUCGACUUGGUGCUCUCAAAGACGAUGCCCAUCGUCAUGCUCAGCGAUAAGACGGUGGCCGUCAGCGAUACCAGCCACCAGCUCAUCGAGCAGCUCUGCCAAGUAGAGUUUACUCACUUAUUAAAGAAGCUGGGCACUUAUGACUACUAUAACGUCAUGUGCAUGAUCUCCGACGUCGAGGAAGACGACUUUAUGGUCGAGUUCUACCAGCUGAUCACGGAGAACCAGCUCUUUACUAAAGCCCACAUUGAGAAAGUGGAUGCUAAUUUGACGGAAUACCUUCCCACAGCACUUUUGGAGCUUCAGGAUAAGCUUACUAAGCUUAAUCUGCCGAUGAGUGUCGCCGAUGUCCUCGUCCAAGUCGGGGUCCGUUUCUGUCGCUUUUACUUUAAGUUUAAAGAAGUGGUCCAGGAGUACUUGCACCAGCAGCUCACAUGGACCGAUACUCAGGUGGCGACGAUGUUGGCCGUCGAAAGCGACUACACCCCGCCAACCACCGCCUAA